AUGCUAGGAGUAUGCCGUUUCACACUGGUAAAGGAAGGGAUCGGAAGCUCCGACCUGUGUCAACGAUCAAAAAUCAAAGAUGACGUUCUGUACGCCAAACAGUCGAAGAUAAGGUGGGCAGGACACGUAAUGCGUAUGAAUGACAACCGAUGGACAAGAGCCGUUAGUGACUGGAUUCUUCGGAAUGUCAAACGUACUGCAGGAAGACCAUCGACGCGAUGGUCAGAGUUCUUCACAAAGAGCCUUGAAGAAAGAUAUGAUGCUCGACGAGUCCCUAGAGCGAGCAGAACCCACUGGGCUAAUCUUGAACGCAACAGGGAAAAAUGGAAGAUUUACUGGCGCUCGCUUGAGUCACUCGACGAUCAAUGGGACUACAGGUGA